AUGUUUCGUCAAAUUCGGGUGCAUCCGGAAGAUUGGCCACUCCAACAAAUACUCUGGACCGACUCAAACGGAGAUAUCGCCACCUAUCAACUCACCACGGUCACAUAUGGCACUAGGUCAGCUCCGUUCCUCUCAAUGCGUGUUCUUCAUCAGCUCGUUGAGGAUGAAGGAUCGAACUAUCCUCUCGCUGUGGAACCGCUCAUGAAAGGACGAUAUGUUGACGAUAUCUGCGGGGGUGCUGACUCAGAUGAAGAGCUACUCAGGACCGCUCAUCAGGCUCAUUGGAGAUUGGUACCGGGCAAGGAGAAUCCUGCAGACUGUGCAUCUCGAGGUCUAUCAGCGCACCAACUGGUAUGUCGUAAGCUCUGGUGGAAAGGGCCACCAUGGCUUCAUCAAGACUGCUCAUCAUGGCCAACUCACGCUCUGGAAAAAGACCUCAGCGCAGACCUCGAGGAAAAGCCAGGAGUUCUCCUACAUGUAAAAGCUCAUCCAAUCGCGCUCUGGAAUCUCGUCGACAGAUUCUCAUCGUUCAACCGACUGCUCAGGGUCACAGCAAUCUGUCGACGAUUCAUAGCUCGGCUCAGGAAAACCCCCAACUCUUCUCUUCGAUACCUGCUCACUCUUAGUGAUCUUGAAGAGGCUCGCAUCCUCUGGAUCAAACUUACGCAGGCAGCUCACUUCAAGGAUCAACUCAGAGCGAUCUCACGAGGGGAAAGGUUCAGCAAAUCCCACCCCCUCACCAAGCUCACACCCUUCAUCGAUCGCCAAGGGGUAUUGAGGAUAGGAGGACGGCUCAAGUUUGCUCACAUAGGCCCGGAGAGCCGGAACCAAGUGAUUAUUCCGAAGGAAUCUCAACUGGCUCAGCUACUCAUCGGACAGGCUCAUCUAAGGACACUCCACGGAGGCACACAGCUCACCCUCAGGCAGCUCAGAAGUAGCUACUGGAUACUCGGAGGUCGAGCACCAGUACGCUCCUUCAUCCUCAAGUGCGUUAACUGCACUCGCCAACGUGGAGUACGCGCUCAACAGCUCAUGGGCCAGUUGCCACCAGCCAGACUCACUCCCGCUCGAGCCUUUCUCAACACUGGGAUCGACUAUGCCGGCCCAGUGUCUCUACGGUCCUGGAAAGGGCGGGGACACAAGUCGUACAAAGGCUGGUUGGCUAUCUUUGUCUGCAUGACCACCUCAGCGGUCCAUCUCGAGGUCGUGUCAGACUACUCAGCCGAGGGGUUCAUCGCGGCGUAUAGACGCUUUUCAAGUCGGCGUGGGAUCGCUCAUUCCUUGUUCAGUGACUGUGGGACCAAUUUCCUUGGCGCUGACAAGGAACUAAAGAAGCUCUUCUCGUCAGGAUCAGCUCAAUCAAGACAGCUCGCACAGCUCCUCAUCAAUGAUGGGACUCAGUGGUCCUUCAAUCCUCCAGUGCUCAACUCACGACCACUGGAACCGCUCACGGAUGAUCCUGAUGACUGUUCAGCCUUGACACCAGGGCAUUUUCUCAUCGGUCAGGCUCCCACAACUCUUCCAGAGCCAUCUUUAGAGCAACUCAACGUCUCAAGGCUCUCUAGAUGGCAGCUCAUUCAGCAGAAGCUUCAAGGAUUCUGGAAGAGGUGGUCCACGGGAUAUCUCCAACGUCUUCAAGCGAUAUCCAAGUGGCACCAUCCGACUCAUCAGAUACGGAUCGGCUCACUGGUUCUACUCACGGACGAGAGAUUCCCGCCAGCGAAGUGGCCUCUCGCCCGAGUGACCGCUCUGCACCCAGGAUCGGACGGACUCACCAGGGUAGUCACCAUCAGGACUGCUCAGACGACGCUGACAAGGCCAAUCGCCAAGCUCGUCCUCUUGCCCAUCUCACCUUCAGGGGAAUAG